AUGCUGAAUAAAAGAAAAUCUGUUCCUCAAGACUACACCUCCAAAAGGUCCAGGUCGACCUCGAGCCCUCCUCCUUCUGGCUUGUCUAAACCAUCAACGAUGGCUCUGCAAGCCUCCAAGCAGUCCAGACCCGUGACUCUGUGCACAUUCUGUCGCCAGCACAAGAUCAAGUGUAAUGCUUCUGAGAAUUACCCCAAUCCUUGUACUCGUUGCAGUAAGAUGGGUCUCAAGUGCGAGAUUGAUCCGCAGUUCAAGCCCAAGAAGGGUUCUCAGAUCCAGAUGUUGAUUGGCGAUGUCGAAGAGUUGAAGUCCAAGAUCGAGAUGCUCUCCAAGAACGAGCACUUGUUGACCCAGGCUUUGAACCAGCACAAUCACUUUAUGCUGCACAGCCUGACUUCUCCGACGUAUCCGGCCUCUGCCAGACCUCCACUCCUGGCCAGAACGGUGCUGGGUCACAACACGCCAAAUCUGGCAAUUGAUCAGUUUGCCGGUGGCCACUUCACCCCUCCUCCCGGUCCUAGUCUGGUACCUGCUCAGCCUGCGUUCAACGCUAUAAACGAUGCUACCGGCUCCGGCCAAGCCAUAACCAACUUGUCUCAAAUGCUUCAAAAUUCGACGGAUAACUCGCCAGCUACAUUUGCUAGCGACACCCAAGGCAACUACACUCAGUCUCCUGAGGAACUCCCUCAGCGCGAGACGUAUUCCGAGUUCAUCUUGGGUGAUGUGCGUUUGACCUUGGAGAAGGCAGAUGAGCUUCAUGACCGCUUCAUGACCAAAUUCCUUCCGUUCCUUCCUAUCCUCACAUCAGCGCUGGCCACUGAGCUAUACACAAAGUCACAGUUGUUGUUCUGGACCGUCAUGCUCACAGCGCUGCUUUCAGAGCCUGACCCUAGCUUGUACAUGUCCUUGGCCACACUCAUCAAGCAGUUGGCCAUUGAAACCUGCUGGAUCAGAACCCCUCGCUCAACCCACGUCGUGCAAGCUCUCAUUAUCCUUGCCAUCUGGCCCCUCCCCAAUGAAAAAGUUUUAGAUGAUGCUUCCUACCGUUUUGUGGGCUUGGCCAAAAACUUGUCUUUGCAGCUUGGUCUUCACAGAGGCGGAGAGUUUAUUCAAGAGUUCAGCAGAACUCAAGUCAAUCUUGGACCAAACUCUGAUAUUUGGAGAACGAGAUCCUGGCUUGCUGUGUUCUUCUGCGACCAGUUUUGGUCCUCCGCCCUCGGCUUGCCUCCAUCUAUCAACACCACUGAUUACUUGCUAGAGAAUGCAAGAGUCGAUCAAUCUUUGCCGGCAAAUUUUAGGUGUUUGAUCUCCUUGUCCAUUUUCCAAUGUAAGCUUGUCAAUGUGAUGGGUAUUUCCGUCACUAGAUCUGACGGCUUACUUGAGCCUUCCAACCGUGCUGCUUCGCUCAAUAUUCUUGACAGAGAACUCGAGAGACUCAAAUUCAAGCUAAACAUCAUGGAAGGCUCGGCCAUUGAAAUGUACUACUUGUACUUACGACUCAUGAUCUGCUGUUUCGCUUUCCUUCCUGGCACCCCAAUCGAGGACCAGGUCAAGUACGUCAGCACGGCAUACUUGUCUGCCACUAGAAUCAUCACCAUCGCUUCCCAGCUCGUUAGCGUAAACUACAUUUCGCUUAUUGAGCUUCCCAUCUACGUGAGACAAGCCAUCACAUACUCCGCUUUCAUCCUUUUCAAGUUGCACUUGUCCCGCUACCUCAUAGACAAAUACGUUGACAGUGCUCGUCAAUCCAUCGUUACGGUGCAUAGACUUUUCAGAAACACAUUGUCCUCUUGGAAGGACUUGCAAAAUGACCUUUCGAGAACGGCAAAAGUCUUGGAGAAUUUGAACAUCGUUCUUUACACGUAUCCAGAGAUUUUCUAUGACGACGAAAGCACCAGCACAGAGGGCAGUAUUAUUAGCCGGAUGCGUUCUCACUUGACUGCGUCUCUUUUCUACGACUUAGUUUGGUCAAUCCAUGAAGCCAGAAGAAGAACGCUACAGAACAAGGAAAACGGCGAAGAAGAAACAGUCAAGGUCAAGGAAGAGGAAGGUGUUAAAAAGCCACUUGCACUUCCCUUCUAUAAUCAAAUUACCAAGGAUGACUUCAAAGCCAUGACCACCACUACACCCAAUGGUACCACCAUCACUACUUUGGUGCCAACCGACCAAGCACUCAACCAGGCCAAGCUCGAGAGCGAUAACGGCUCCAAGAAGCCUAUGGAGAUCAAUGGUAUCCCUCUUGCUAUGCUUGAGGCCACAGGAAGCACGAAGGAUGUGGACAGCAUCCGUUUCUCUAGCUUCGACGAGGCUAAAUCUCUGAGAAACGAGGCCACUGACCCUGUGGAGAGAGUUGGCUUUGCAGCUGACUUGACGCAGGGCACUGAGUUCCUGCUUGAAGCCCAAAGCCAGCAACAGCAACCACUGGCAAUCCUGGAAACACAGCCACAGAUCGAACUGCAAGAAGUUUUGUCGCAACAAAACUCUCCAAACUACGAUGGCCCCAUGGACAGAGGAAACUUUUCUUACAAUAAUGGAAUGGGGUCUGCAGGUAUGGCAGACCAGCUCGAUAACUUUUUCCAGCAACAAUCUCACGGAUGGCUCAACAACAACCACCAGGAUGACGACUUCCUCGGUUGGAUUGACCAAUUGACCAUGAUUCAGAGCAUUACCAGAAUUGCCCCAUUGACCAAGCAGUUCCUUAGACCUAGCGUCCAGGCUGCCAGACUCUACUCUUCUUUCAACCCUGCUGAUCAGCCAAGAAUCAGAAUCGGCUCCACCGCUCCAGACUUCACAGCUGACACCACCAAGGGUAAGGUCAGUUUCCACGACUUUAUUGAAAAGUCUAAGCAAUGGACUAUUUUCUUCUCCCACCCUGCUGACUUCACUCCUGUUUGUACCACUGAAUUGGGUGCUUUCUCCAAGCUUGCUCCAGAGUUCAAGAACAGAAACACCACUCUCUUUGGCUUGUCCACUGAAGGUGUCGAGAGCCACAAUGCCUGGAUCAAGGACAUUGAGGAUGUCACUGGCGGUGACCCAUUCAGCUUCCCCAUCAUCGCUGACCCAUCCAAGGAGAUUGCCUUCAAGUACGACAUGGUGAGCCAGGACGAUUUUGAGAAGCUCAAGGACAAAAUGGUGCCUACUGUCAGAUCCGUGUACAUCAUUGACCCAUCCAAGAAGGUCAGAUUGAUCAUGACUUACCCAGCCUCUACCGGCAGAAACUCUGCUGAGGUCUUGAGAGUUCUUGACGCUUUGCAGUUGACUGACUCCAAGGGUGUGGUUACUCCUAUUGACUGGACAAAGGGAGACGAUGUGAUCAUCCCACCAACCGUGUCUAACGAAGACGCCAAGACCAAGUUUGGUGACUUCAAGACCAUCAAGCCAUACCUCAGAACCACCAAGGACCCCCAGUAA